CUUAUGUCAGACGGAGAAAGAGAGAUAGAAUGAAACACGUUUCAUGUUUUCAUUGAUGCAUGUUUACUUGAGAAUCUGUAGUUGUAUUAUUUGUCUGCAGGCUGCACAUUUGUCCAGGUAAAUCUAUUUAGAUAUCUGCUUCUCAGCAGACGGUCAUUAGGGGUCUUAUUGGAGUCUUAUUUACAGUACAAUUACUUUAGCCAUGGAGGACCCAGAAUUGCGUCAACUAAAGCUGGACAAUCAGCGUUCCCUUUUGAUGAAGAAGCAGCAGAGACGGAGGGCCGAUACCCAAAUGGUCACAGCCAAUAGGGACGCUCGACCCAAGAAAAGCAAGCAGAAGACUGGAGCAGAUGACACAGACCUGUUGAUUACGCAAUCCCAGAGCAACAACUCCUUAAAUGCUGAAGAGGCCCAUGAUAACCCACUGGAGGAAAUUACUCUGGGAGAGCUCAGCCUAAAAACGAAUGAUGCUACAGAUGAGAUGCCCCCCGAGAAAUACAUCAUCACCAAGACUAUGGACGUGGACAUUGACAGCCAGCCACAGCCAAAACUUAGCACAGAAAAUGAAGGCCCUGCGGAAGUGAAAAAGAAGGAGAAAAAAGAGAAAUGUGUGAAAAAGGAGAAGGGGCAAGCAAAACCAAGGUGCCAAAUAAGCGACAAUGAGAGGGAGGAAGAUGAAAUUCUUGAAAGAGAGAAAAAAGAGAAAACUCCAAAAAAGAGAAAAACUGUGGAGAAAACCAAAACCAAUCUCGCACCGCUUAACUCCAACUACAGGCAUCAGGACACCUCAGAUAGUGACGACGACAUUGGAAGAGUGACAACUCCUAUCUCAGUUGAAGAUCUUGAAAAGUUUGCCCUGCAUCCAGCCCCUAGAGAUACAACAAUCCAAUGCAGAAUCACUCGGGACAGGAGGGGCGUGGAGAAAGGAAUGUACCCCACCUACUAUCUCCAUAUGGAGAAGGAGGAUGGGAAGAGGGUGUUUUUAAUGGCAGGCAGGAAGAGGAAGAAGUGCAAAACCUCCAAUUAUCUCAUUUCCAUUGAUCCAACAGAACUUUCCAGAGACACAGACAGUUAUAUAGGCAAACUACGAUCAAAUGUGCUAGGCACCAAAUUCACAGUGUUUGACGGUGGGGAUAACCCAGAUAAGAAGCCUUUCGUCAAAGAGUGUGAGUCUGUUCGGCAAGAGCUUGCGGCAAUCUGUUAUGAGAAGAAUGUUCUAGGUUUCAAAGGCCCCAGGAAAAUGACGGUGGUUAUUCCUGGCAUGAUGGAGAAUGAUGAGAGAGUGUGCAUUCGCCCAAAAAGUGAUAUAGAGUCUCUGCUCUCCCGCUAUGAGAAUGGUAACACUGACAACCUAGUGUGCCUCAUGAACAAGUCCCCCAGCUGGAACGAACAGACACAGUCCUACGUGCUCAAUUUCCACGGCCGCGUCACACAGGCCUCCGUCAAAAACUUCCAAAUCGUCCACCCUGACAACGAGGACUACAUUGUGAUGCAGUUUGGUCGGGUAGCAGAGGACGUAUUCUCCAUGGACUAUAGCUUCCCUAUGUGUCCCCUGCAGGCCUUCGCCAUCACCCUCUCCUCCUUCGAUGGCAAACUGGCUUGUGAGUGAUACCAAGAGUGGACAACUCAAUCAAGCAGAAGCAGAGCCUUAAUGGCUUACCAUUACAGUUCCAUCACAAUAUUAAUUGUCAAUGUGCAUUCCAGGUAGUAUUGGUUAAGUGUUUGAUAUUUUUCAACACCUGAGAUUACAAAAAUAUUAUUUUAGAUUUUGGGAAAAAAUGUAACAACUAAUCAACCUCAUUCAUUGAGUAUAGGUUAUGAUUCAGUCUCAAUAAGGAACACAUAUUCCUAAAUAUUAUCUGAAAACAAUGGAAAAACAGCAACUAGUUCCUCUGAAUGAUAUAUUGUGGAUAGAUGUCUGGUAGAUGUAACUUCAGUAGAAUGACAAUGUUGCACAGCAUACAUGUGCAUAAACCUGUUUUGUGCAGGCGAUUUGAUCUUAUUUGAACUGAAACAUUUUUAUAAAAAAUAUGUAUAAGAAAUAUGUCCAAUUCAUUUAUUUAAUAUUGAUUACAGUCUUAAGGCUCCGCUCCACAUUAUCAAAAGUAUAACGUAUUCAAUUUUAUUUCAUUUUUUUCCACAUUCCACAUAAUUUCAAAUGUAUACCAAACAUUAGGAACACCACCCCUGUUGCCCUUUCGUCAGGGCAUGGGCUCUACAAGGUGUAGAAAGCAUUCAACAGGGAUGCUGGCCCAUGUUGACUCCAAUGCUUCCCACAGUUGUGUCAAGUUGUCUGGAUGUCCUUU